CUUAUUAAAUAGAUCUCUGCUGAGCAGAUAAGUUCUCCGUUGACAUCUACGAGCUGUAAUUUGACAUUUAUACAAUAUACAUCAUAAUUAUGGGUGAAUUCCGAGCAUAUGUACAGUUGGAUGAACUCCUGUCAGAUUUCGAUCUCAGCGAGAAGAAGCUGCAUAAAAUUAAGAAUGCGAUGCUCGAUGAAAUGGAUAAGGGAUUAAGAGGUCAACCAUCAGACUUGAGAAUGCUUCCCACGUAUGUCAGGGCGCUACCGAAUGGCUCAGAGCAAGGCCGAUAUGUGGCUUUGGAUUUGGGAGGCACGAGAUUCAGAGUUCUAAUUGUAACGUUUCACGAAGGAACUACCAAAGAUGAAGUGACCAGCAAGUGGUUCGAUAUUCCUGAGAAAGUGAUGAAAGGCACAGGAUUCCAGCUGUUCGACUACAUGGCAGAGUGUAUUGCCAUUGUUGUCAGCGAAAACUCUCUUCAGGAUUACGAGUUGCCCCUGGGUUUCACGUUUUCCUUCCCCUGUCAACUGAAUGGCCUUGCCAGCGCUACAUUAUUGAACUGGACCAAAGGAUUCAAUAUCCCAGAAGUCAUUGGACAAGAUGUUGUGCAGAAGUUGAACGAAGCCAUCGAAUUGAGAGGAAACCACGUGCGAGUAGAGGCCAUUGUUAAUGACACCGUCGGCUGUCUGUGCACUGGAGCUUAUGAAGAUGACGAAGCUCAGAUUGGUGUCAUCUACGGAACUGGAACCAACGCCUGUUAUGUGGAGAAACUGGAAAACAUCAAAACGCUGAGCCUGGACCCAAAAGAUAGUGACCAGAUGGUAAUCAAUACUGAGUUCGGAGCAUUCGGCAACAGUGGACUGCUGAACGACUUCCGAACACUGUACGACUUACGAGUAGACGUGGACUCUAUGAACCCAGGCAAACAGAUCUACGAGAAAAUGAUCUCGGGCAUGUACAUCGGUGAGAUCUGCAGGAUUGCGUGUAUUGACUUCGCUAAGCAGGGAGUGUUCUUCCAAGGGGAAGUUGGAGAGAAGUUUAAGACUAAGUACAUCUUGGAAACAAAGUAUGUCUCGGCUAUGGUCCACGACAACACGCCUAAUCUGGAGCGAAUCCAUUACCACCUCCACUACGAUCUAGACAUUCCCCAUGUUUCAAGGCAAGACUGUGUUGCGGUGCAGCAGCUGUGCAAGGCGGUGACGAAGAGGGCGGGCAAGAUGGCGGCUAUUGGGUUGGCGGCCAUCAUCAAGAAGAUAGGGAAGGACAAACUGACCAUCAUCUGUGACGGCAGUCUCUAUCUUAACUUCCAGAAGUUCCGGGAGUACAUCACGGAGUACUUGAGUAUUCUGUCCCCGGCAGCUGAGUGCAAAUUCAUCACUGCCAGAGACGCCAGCGGCCGAGGAGCAGCUCUAGUGGCGGCCACCUCGUGUCGACUCAAGUCGCAGAGCAGCUCGCCAGUACUACAUCGAAAACAGGCGAACGAAGAGAGCGGUGAAGCCGACACUACUGUUACGGCGGCUGGGAAAAGUGGGGCGUCCACAGCCAACGGGGCUCCCAAUCCGACUGUGGAAAUCUCACCCGCCAAGUAAACCUGUCACCAUCCCCCCUUCCCUGCGGGCUCUUUUUCCUUGACACCUUGAACCACCGAUGAUUUUUUCAAUCGAUACUUUUUAACCAUGAAGUAACUCCAAAAUGUAAUGUUCAGUCACUGUAUAACCAGAUCGAAGCUUUUAUAUGCGUAUGAUUUGCUUCUCAGGAAACUCUCGGAAUCAUUUGUUAAAUUGCUUAUUGCAAAAAAUAGCGGUUGCGGAGUUUUGAACGGGAAAAGAGCUCAUUUUUGCUCUCACGUGUAGAAAUAAUUUUGAGUAAUGAGUAGUACGCACAAAAUAUGGGUUUGGGAUUCUGAGGACUGACUUCUUGUUUGAACUUUUGAACUUGAGCUCUGCUCUAUUGAUGUAUCUAUGCUAGCUAACCUCACUUGUCUGAAAAGCCGACGGAUGGCCUCGCAGGUGUCUAUGUGUAUGCAUUGGGCGUUGAAACAGUGCUAUUGUGUGCUAUGUCAUUAUUACUGACAUUUAAGUUUUGGUUAGCCCAUGGCCAAAUUGCGUGUACUCUUUAACAUUAUUAAAAAGCAUAUGCACCUUAAUAGCAGUAGUUUUUUUAAUCUCUUAGGUCACUUUUUGAACAAUUGGUGUCAAAAUUUAAUGCUCUUAAUUUUGCCGCUGUUGUUUCUUAAUAACAAGUCACAAACAAUGGUUAUCUGCUGAGAUGUAAAGCUGUAUUAAAGUGGUUGCAAAUUCAAAUAUUUGGUUUUUGUAUAUUUUCGCGUGUCGACAGUUUUUGCGAUUGAAAUUGACUCAAGUUUCAGCUCCUUAAUCUGAAGUGAUUAUAUUUCGUCUUUUUAUUGCAUGCUUUUGUGGCGCGUAAUUCUUAUGCCUUUUGAAAAAAAAGAAUUGAGCAAAAACAAGGUUUUUUCAUAAAAAAAUUCAUGCUUGUUUGCUCGCAAAACCUUCAGUAAACGAUUGUAGGCAUGAAAGUUUGUUAAAAUCAUUUUUAAUUUGUAGUGUUGGCCGAUAAAUUUCAAGAGUUUGCGUCAAAGCAUCAAAUUUUGUAAUUUUACCAUAGACAUAUACAAGUGAAGGAUUUUUUUCGGACAUAUCCCCUAAAUUUGAUACUCAAUUUAACGUAUACUAAAGCAUCACGUUAAUUUUCCAUUGAGAUUAAUUAUAUUCAAUCAGAUUUAUUUAUUGUACUCGAAAUUCAAAUUUGACAUAUAUAGGGAGGGGGUAUAUCCGAAGAGAUUCAAGAUGAAUUUGUAUUGAAAAUUGAGGUAAUAAUGUUCUGUUUGUGUAAUCUGCUAAUUUUGAUUAUAUUUGUCAACAAUCGCGUCUUACCUAAUUUUUUUGUAUAAACAGCACGCUGAGAAAACAGUUGGAACUAAUUCUUCAGUACCUUACAAAACAUGCAAAUGAAGAAGUGCUAUGCUAUUUAUAUUUAUUGUGCAUUCUAGCGGUUGAAUUAACUGAACUACUAAAUUGAAUUUAUUCUCAAAUACUGAUAUAAAUGGUGCAACUGAGAAAUGGUCGAUUGAAAUGAAUUACUUCCCAAUAGUAAAUCACCUUCAUACUCAAAAUAAAACUUACACAACUGC